CUCACGCCGAGCUGCAACCCGAUCAUCUAACAAGAUCAAACUCCAACUCGAUCACCUUGACUUUCCUCACGGCUUGUGGCCGGAUCUCUUCUCAUACUAUAUUCCUCGCUGCCUAGCUCACGCCUUCAGUAGCUGAGAGCCAUGGCGCCCCAGAAAUCUGUGACAGAGGUGCCCCGUUCCCUUAUUCCCCGUCUGACUUGGAACGGCUCCUCUGCCCGUACUACUAUCACUUCUCCCCAGACUACUGCCCUACCAGCGAAGCGCCAACAAAAGCAACAUAUGGUACGGGGCUGGAUUUCUGUCGGACGACAACUGCAUACUUCGACUUCCCGGUCCGCUACUCGCUUAAUAGUCCCCGCAACAUCCCGAGAUCUAGGCACAUCAUCGAUCGCAAGACGGUUCCCUUCCACAACCAAGCCGACCAGUCAACCAGCCGCACCCCUCGGAAACCCCAUCCGGCAUAACGGAGUCUAUGUCGCUGCAUUCACUCCUGCUCGGAGAGCUUUCCAUGCUUCCGCUUCGCGCGAGCGCGACCAUCACUUUGAUACGUUGAAAUUCGUCCAGCGAUUGAAAGACGAGGGGUUUAGCGAAGAGCAGGCUGUUGCCAUGAUGCGGGUUCUGAACGACGUCAUUCAGGAGUCCAUCCAGAACUUGACCCGCACAAUGGUGCUUCGGGAAGACACGGAACGGUCAGCCUACACACAGAAAGUCGACUUUGCCAAACUCCGCUCCGAGCUCCUCAACGCAGAUUCUACCGAAGCGCAAUUGACUCGCUCGUCGCACGAAAAGAUCGCCGCUGAUCUCGCCAAACUCAACUCGCGUCUACGCGAUGAGAUCGGUCGCACGCAGGCAUCGGUGCGUCUUGAUCUGAAUCUGGAGAAAGGUCGUAUCCGGGAAGAAGCCAAUGGCCAAGAAAUGCGUAUAAAGGAGACCGAAACGAGAAUUGAGCAGGAAGUGGCUGGGCUGAGAGAGCGUGUAGAGGCUGUCAAGUUCUCCACGUUACAAUGGCUCAUGGGUGUAUGCACUGGUACCGCUGCUCUGAUUCUUGGUGCUUGGCGUCUCUUCAUGUGAACCCGUCAUUCUGUGGGCUUUCCGGCCAACUCGGCCGGAUCAACAUGCCUUAUAUGUCGCCUUCAAGAUGACACUUCCCAUGUACGAACUUCCCACUAUGUCUCCUUACCGCCGAGCAAUAUGGCGGGGUCAGGAACAGGUGGCUGAUCUUCUGUUUUCAUUUGUGUAAUUAGCGAUGCGGUGACUUCUGUAAUCAUUGUUUUUCUUUGUUCUCUUCCGAGGUGUAGUAGAUACAUUGUGGAAUAGGACUCCUACCUAGCCGGUGGCCGGCGGCAGUGAUGUAGGCAUGGAUGAAUGAACCAAGCCGCGAAGUGAUAUGAUGCGGUUCCGCGACAUGUAUUAUCUUGCAAUCUACUACUAGCUGGCUGAGUCUGCAUUGGAUCGGCUGCUCGCCUAAACAACUCCUGCCGAAGAAGGGUGGGGGUAUUACGAACCAUGCGAUUCCAAUG